CCCAAACAUCAAACAUAUUGAAAUUAUCAACUCGACUCAACUGUUAACUAGCGACUAACCCAAUUAUUAAGUUAAUAGAUCCAUGAGUUCCUCACCAAAAGAGCGCUGUAAGUAUUGGGGGAACUGCUUCAGAAAGAACAAAGACCACCUAUCUCAAUACCUCCACCCGUUUGAUAUCUCCAAACCGGCAGCAUCACCAAGUUCUUCCUCAAAGAAAGGGGUUACUACUCCUGGUAGUAUAGCUCGUAAAUCUGACAAAUUACCUCCAAGUUCCAACCCUGUUGCUGGACAAAGGGGGCCUGACAAAACCAAGCUAUCUACUGCUACUUCUACUAAGUCAAUAACUUCGGGGAGGAGUGGUAGUUCAACUUCCGUAAAAACAAGCCCAAUUUCAGGCAUUGGUGGUUCGAGUUCAUCUUCCGGCAAAAGAAACCUGAUUUCAGAGGAAAUAAAGCGUUGGGAGUUGGAUCCCUCAACCCGGUUACCACAGCCCAGCCCUGGAGUCAGGAAGCGGCGCAGAAUCACUCAAACGAUCCAACACGACAGAUAUUACUUCACUAAAGUAGUGGGCCACCCUGACAAGUUCUCCGACGACAUAGCCUUAAGUUUCAGAGAUAUUCUCUCACUAGAUGGUAGGCUGACUAAAACCUGGCAGUUUACGUAUGUAGUGGACCUGGAUUGGUUGCUAGAGGAGUAUCCUGAGAACGCGGCUGAGGGACCCAUAUUCUUGUUUUUAGGAGAAAAACAAGCAGCUGAAGUGCAGAACCAAAUAAUGCAGCAGAAAAAGACCACCUCCCAACCCAAGAAAUACUCCCGUAUAAUAGUAGUCCCGGCGUCACUUCCCCUAGCCUACGGUACCCACCACACCAAACUGAUGAUCCUACAAAGUGAGCACGGGAUCAGAGUUAUAGUACACACUGCUAACUUAAUACAAGUAGACUGGAGUGUCAAGAGUCAGGGGGUAUGGAUCAGUCCUCUGUGUCCGCUACUCCCAGAAGGGGAACAGAAUGAUACUUCAGAUGAUCCGGACUGUCUGAGAUUCAACUCGUAUUUAUUGAAGUAUUUGGGUUCGUACAGUACGUCCGCGACAGAUCAGCUUAUUAGGAUUUUGAAGAAGUACGAUAUGACAGGAGUUACACAAGUGAAACUUGUUGGAGGUAUUCCAGGAAUGCAUAAUGACUCGCUCUAUGGUACUCUGAGAUUACAAAAGUUGUUGUCGUUGUAUGUGGAAGACAGCAAAGUCAGGCCUGGAUGGAGGAUUGUUGCAAAUUGUUCGAGUAUUGGCUCUCUCGGAUCAACAGCCUCGGAGUGGUUUGAUAAGUUUGUGAGGGCUCUGCAAACCACAAAUAGUGGUGUGGACAAUAGUAGGCAGGCUCUGUUUCAGUUGGUGUUCCCCACAGUUGAUAUGAUACGGAACAGUCUGGAAGGUUACUGCGGGGGAGCCAGCGUGCCGUAUCACCUAGCAACACACCGCCGACAGUCCUGGUUACGGAACCACAUGUGUCACUGGGAGAGUAAGUCACAUGGGCGGUCACGUGUUGUGCCCCAUAUUAAAUCCUACACUCGACUCUCACCUGACAUGAAGAGUGCUGCUUGGUUUCUGUUAACCAGUGCUAAUCUUUCUAAAGCUGCCUGGGGUCAGUUGUUAGAUGAUGGGAGGUUCAGAAUUCGGAGUUACGAGCUGGGAGUUUUGUUUGUGAAGGGGGACCCUCAGAAAGUUUACAACAAGGAUGAUAGUUGUGGGGUGCUAGUUCCGUAUAGUCUUCCUCCUAGACCAUACAGUAAGACAGAUAAACCAUGGAUAGCUGAUCUUAAGUACUCUCAGUUGGAUACCCAUGGUAACAAGUGGCCUGUCGAUACUGACAAUCAGUUGUUUAAAGAGGUCGGGUGAAAUGUCACGUGGUACAUAAUGUCACGUGGUACAUAAUACUUAAUCUGAUGGUUAUGUCACUUGAUGAGAUUAAUUUUGAAUUGUUUAGUGCUUUUUGAAUGUUGUUCUUAGCAUUCUUUGAUUGAUUUUCAUUUUAAGAAAUUUUUAAAGAAGAUUGAUUUAUUUGCUGUAGAACAUGAUAUUUUUAAUUUAAAGAAGUUGUAUAUUUAGUUAAGUUAUUCGAUAAUUAUAGUACAUCAUAUUGUGUAAUAAGGUAACUUAUUUAAAAAAAAUGUUCACAAGCAUUCUAUUCGACUUAAUUAUUUUACCUAAACUUACACUUGUGUAUGGCAUACACUGUAUGCCCACUGGAAUGCUCCUUUCAAACAGAAGUGAUAUAACUAUCGGUCUUCAGUCUUCACCAGGUUUAAAUACUGUAAGUACUCACACCGUUCAACGGCGGAUAAGUAAAAACAAACGUGAUCUUACGUUUUGCAGUAUAGUGAACAGUGAACUGACUUAUUUAAAUGUUUAAAUGGCGCAAAUCAUUGCACAAAAAUAGAAUCUGGAACUCCAUGGAUUGAAUGAAUCUCCUCCUUCUGUCAUUCAUCAAGUAAGAGAGACUCUUGUGAUAAUUUUUAGUACAUCUUUUAUUUACAGUUACGUUUCUUAUGCAAUAGAAAACAGUAGCUACAGUUAUGAACAUAUCGAAUGGUGAUGCUAUCAAACUACUGGAGACAACAUCUCUUGCUGAUCUUGCACGAGAUUUCAUUUCAAGAUUUGGGGAAGAAAUCGGGACUGAAAAUGCUGUUAAAGCAAAACUCCAGCGGCUAAAGUCAUCACGACCCAAAUACAAGAAAGGAUCUGCCAAGUACACUGACUGGAGUGUGAAACCUUUCAUACAAAGCACAUGCACCACAAAUUUGGAGUCUGAAGAAUCACCUGCUGUGUUGGGUCGACCAAAAUUGAGACUAUCAGACCUGCCAAAAAGGCGAACAGUGAAUCAGAUUAUACAGCCGAAGAUUGAUGAGCUGAUGCAGUUUGCUGCAGAACAAGGAGUUUCAAUAGAGGAGGUCAUGGAGCUGAUGGGCCGAAGAUGCCAGAAGAAGGCGAGAACCAUCAAGGUUGAGAUUCCAAUUGAGGACAGCUUGGGAUUUUUUUUCAACAGCACUCACAGCUCACGUAGCUGGACUGAGCUCCGGUUAUUUCUGCUCAAGUUUGGAGUAGAGCUGCCAACAAGGAAUAUUAUUGACCAACACAAGAAGGCGCUGCAUCCUCCUAUCCUUGUUCAGGAGAUCAAGAGCUAACAAUGUAAAAG